UAUCAAGGUUUUUAUGAAGGUGAAGAAUACGAAAAAGCUAGCUUAAUUGGCCCUCCAUUUUUAUUCCUCUUUUUCUUCAAUCUUAACCUAAACCUAAACCAUGCAUAUCCAUUUAUAUAUAAAUCUCUAGCCACCUUCCCUUCUUCAAAACACUCCUCACCAUUUCUUUCAUAUUUCAAAUUUCAACUUUUUUCUACUUCAAAUUAAGAAAUAAUGAGUAGGCCCGGAGAUUGGAACUGUAGGUCAUGUCAGCAUUUGAACUUCCAAAGACGUGACUCCUGCCAACGGUGUGGGGACUCUAGGUCAGGAGGAGGAGGAGGAGGAGGAGGUUUAGACUUUGGCGGCUAUGGUGGGAGAGUUGGGUCGUCAUUCGGGUUCAGUACCGGCUCGGAUGUCCGUCCCGGUGAUUGGUAUUGCUCAGCUGGAAACUGUGGGGCACACAACUUCGCGAGUCGAUCGACUUGCUUUAAAUGUGGGGUUUACAAGGACGAUUCUGCCGCUGCUUGCUUUGAUUCUGACAUUUCUCGCUCUCGAGCUUUCGGUGGCGGUGCCAACAAUCGCUCUAGUUGGAAAUCUGGAGACUGGAUUUGCACCAGGUGGGGAUGUAAUGAGCACAAUUUUGCUAGCAGAAUGGAAUGUUUCAAAUGCAGUGCCCCUAGAGAGCUUAGCAGUAGAACCACAUACUAGACAUGACGAGUCCAUGCAAAUUUUCUCCAUUUUCUGGGUAUUGCACCAACCAAGCGAGACAAUAUCAAAGAUGAAUUAAUAUUUAUAUCUUCUUUAUCCCUUAUAUUAAAUUUGUUUUCAAUGUUAGCUAGGGUUCAUGAGGUGUAAAAACAUGGUCUAAACUCCAUGUUUAAUCUAUAAAAAAACCCUCUGGAAAUUUUGUUGAGGCUUAAUUUUGAUAUUAUUAGAAUUAUAUGAUUGUACUUCUAUGGAGCUUAAUUUAAUUUGAUGUACUACUUUAUA